AUGGUCUCUUAUGGGCCGGGCACAUCAGUGACCAAUUAUUCCCCGCGGUUUUCCCUCGUUCAAAUGACAGGAACGUUCUCUGACCGUGUUAAGAAUGGCCUUCAAUCUUUGUCCUCGGAAACGGGGGCAUCGGAGGAGAAUCACGCGCAGCUCGAGAAAAGACAGAACGCCGGGAUGUUUACCGUGCCUUACCAAGAUCAGCUAACUGGGCUUACCAAAUAUGCACCCAUGGCCAAACAGCCUGGGACGACGAUAACUGCAAAGAAUCCCAAGCGGCAAUUUCCCACCAGUUCCUAUUCAAUAGCCACGACAUAUCUGCCAAUACCCACAGUUCAGACUACCAUCACUGCCAGUCAGACCUUUUCCGUAUCAAGCAUCGAGAAUACGGCCACUCCUGCACCACAACCUUCAAACGAUAUGAAGAGAUUCCUCAAGAGAUGGGCGGAUUAA